AUGAGCAUGCUCUAUUCCCGUGAGAGCGCGCGGCUAUGCCAAAAUAUUAUCGGGGAGCACUUUGGACCGGUCGUCGAGCGCGUCAUCACCGUCCUCCUGCAACGGGGCCGCAUGACCGUCCGGGAAGUGGGGCGCUAUGUGAAUAUGAGCACGACAGGGCGCCGCCUGCCUGCGUCGGUAUGGAGUGAGGAUGGUCAGCAACGCGCAUCAGGGCCGUCGCUGACCUCGUCCUCGCGCCAGAACCUUCCCAUCCGCCUCGUGCAGCAGUCGCUCAUGAUCCUCAUCCAGCACCACUGCGUCCUGCACUCGAGCCAGGUGCAUGGCGGCGCGGACCUGGCACAGUCAUCUCAGGACGAGUACUUUGAGGCGAAUGUCGACGAAAUUCUCGCGCGCUUGCGCUUCGGCACGUACCUUACGCUCGCGCACGAGUGGGGCGGCGACGAGGCCGAGGCGGUUGUCCGCCUCCUGCUCUACCACGGCCAGAUGCGCGCGGGCGACUUGAUGGACGAGCUGUCGGGAUCGGGUGGCCAGAUGAACGGCGUCGCCUCCGGCCGCGAAAGCGCGGCUGGGCGUAUCGGGCAGCUCCUGGUCAAGAUGCUCCAGGACUCGUUUGUGCGCCCGUCCACGGCUGUGCAACACGUCUCGCGCCAAGACCGUCAUAUCACGCACGAAAAUGCGCUUCGCCGCUCCUUUAAAGGCGUUCCUACGGCCAAGACCUUGAAAGAAAUCAAGGUCCGGGUCGCUGCUAUGAUUGACGAGGAGGACCGCAAAGAAUGGGAGGCGCAAGGCAACUCGCUGGACGAGCCACGCCUCGGGCUCAAGCGCAAAGCGGAUACCGCAGCGCUCGCCCGCGACAAGCGUGCGAAAAAGCACGGCGGAUCCGACGUUGCUGCGGUGCGCCACGACGCGGAUGGAGAGAGCGCCGCGCUCGAGAUCGACCGCGAUGUAUGGCUCCGGGUGCACUAUGACCGAUUUAAUGUGCGUAUCCGCAAUAAUAUGCUCGUAAGCGCCGUCGCGCAAAAGUACAACGCGACGACCGGGGACAUUUUCCGCGCGAUGCUCCAAGGCGACGGACCUGGGCCGGUGCGCUGCGAGAUGGACGAGCGCUCGCGCCCGAUUGCGCUGUCCGCGCUUGUACAUGCGCUGCCGCACGGCCUCAAGAUCCAGCGCGGCCUCGACAAGCGCUCGAUCCUCGGCGAAGAGAGCUCCAAGUCGGCGCACCCCACCACGACCGAGCUCCUGGCCGAGUACGUGGCGAUUUUGACGAACCACGACAACAUUUCGUCGUCGGUGCGCACCACCCGCUUCCUCGCGCCGUUUGGCAAUGCGACGACAACCAGCGCAGGGGGGACGGCCAAGGUCCCUACGAGCUUUACGGUGGAAUAUGUGAAUAUGGUGCACCAGCUGCAGCUGCAAAUGAUCCGCGACGUGGUCGUGGAGCGUUUCGGGCCGAUGGCCGGACGCAUCUUUAGCAUCCUUGUGGAGAAUGGCAAGCUCGAAGAGAAACACAUCUCGAAAAUCGGCCUGAUCUCGAUGGGCGAAACGCGCGAUAUCUGCUCGCGGCUCUUUGCCGCGUCGCUGCUGAGCCUGCAAGAAGUGCCAAAAAGCAAUGAACGCAACCCCCAGCGGACAUUUUUCCUGUGGUUUGUCGACGUGCCCAAGUGCAAGGCAUGGCUGCACGACCACUACUGCCAGACGCUCAUCCAGCUCAGCCGGCGGCGGCUGUUUGAGCAGCGGCGCAAGGCAUCCCUCCUGCGCAAGGCGGAGCGAUCUGACGUGAAAGAAGAUACCGAUGGACUCCUUACGGAAUGGGAGCGCAAGAACCUUGCUGCACUGCAUCAUAUCCAGGAGGCCAUUACCGUGGCCGAGACACGCGUCGUGCUCGACACCUUUUUGCUCGGCCACUUUUCGCUUUGA